CGCGAAUGUACAAACAUGAGGGAGUUGGUUGACUUGAUCUCGGAAUGAUGGAUGACAUCGAAGAGGCAAUAAAUGAGGAGCUGAUGAAAUUAAACCUACAUCCUUCUGAAAAUGAUUCAGAGUCAGACGAUGACGACUUCACUGUUUUGAAUCUGCAUGUGGAAGAUGAGCUGCCUGCCUCUGUACUCACAUAUGUUGAAGCUUCAAGAAAUCGAAUAAAUGCCUUCGAACAAUUAAUUCUUGAAGAUGUUGAAGAAAAGGAGUUCUCAAGCCAGAACCCGUCUCACCUUAACCACAGUGACAAUCCUACAAAUGAGCCGGCUUCAGAUUUCAUAGAUGACCCCAUAAAGUGGAAAGAGCAAGUUAUCUCUGAAUUAGUGGAACAUAUUGGACAUCUAAAAGACAUUGUGCCACAGAAUGCCGACUGGGAGAUUCCGAAUAUGUCAGGCAUGGAAGAUGAUGUAUACACUGAGAGUGAACUGCAGAUUAGUCUUGAGUGGAGAGAAUUAGAGAAAAGACUAAGAAAGGAAGAGGAGCAGAAAUUAGCAGCACAGGAGAUAGAAAGAGAGCUGCAUUUGGACUCAGAAAGAAAAGAAGAAGAAAGGAGGAGGAGAGCACUGAUGAAGUUUGAGGAGGAGUUGAAAAAGAUAGAGGAUGCCACUCUAAAUGUUGGAGUGAAAAAUAAAGUUCACGACGCAGAAGAUCUUCAGCUGGAGCUGGAUAAACAGCAGACAUUAAUAAGGAAACUUGAGGAGCAGAUGGAGGAGGAAAAACUGGCUUUUGAGAAGGCUCAGGAGGAGGAGAGUAUGAGAAGCCGGAAACUUCAUUGCACAGCAGCAACAAAGAUUCAAGCUGCUCUCAGAGGAACAUUAGUGCGCCGCUGGAGCAAAACAGAGCUUAAGAGAAAGAAAAAAGAGGAGAAGAGACUUGAGGAGGAGAGGAGGGAAUGGGAGAAGAUGAAGAAGGAAAGAGAACAGGAGAGAAACAGGAUUGAGCAAGAAGAGCGCGCUCAGAGAGAGGAGAUGGAGAGACGCAGAACAGAUUAUGAAAAAGCUAAAAAACAAGAGCGCCAUCGUCUGGAGAAGGAGCAAAGACUUGAACAGCAGAAGAGGAAAGCGGAUGAAGAUGAGAAAAGGAAAGAAAUGCAGGAGGAAAAGCAAAACAACAUCACAAGUGUAAAAGAAGAUUGCAGAAGACAGGAAGAGGAUGUAGACAAGACGAAUAAAGAAAAUGAAAGUGUUAAAGUGGAAAGGAGUAGUCAGGUGAAGGAUAAAGGUAAAAGAGAGGAAGAAAUAGGGGAAUUGGAGAGCAAAGAAAAUGAGUUAAAUGUAAGAAAAAUAGAAGCUAAUAAUGCAAGAAUUGGGCAUGAGAAGAACAUGGAAAACGACAAGAAUAAGAUGAAAAAACAGGACAAAACUAAAAGCAUAAACACAGAAGACACUGAAGGAUUAGAUGAUAUGAGGACACAAACAAAGAGUGAUAAAGACAGAAUAAAGAACUAUGAAGAAGAAAAAACAGUUGAAAGCAGUGGAGAGCUUGACUCUCAGGAAAAUCUCUCACAGUCAAGAAAAAGCAGUAAAAUUUUCAAAACCACUACAGAGUCACACAUAAAUGUACAUCAAGGACUCUCCAGUGAUGUUGGUAUUAGUCCAGUGGGUUCCUUGAUUGUUGCAGAUCAUCUAAGUGUUAAAGAAAAUACGGGCUUGACUGUGCAGGCAUCUGAUUUGGCUACUGUAGCACCUGAGAUGGACACCAGGGGGCAUCACUAUACUACAACUUUUGAGCUUGAGGACCAUAAACCAAAAAUCCAAGAAUCAAUUUCAAUAUGUCUGCCUGACAGCACAGAGCAGAAGCGACUGGCCUGGAUGAUGAAUUGCAAUCCCUGGUCCGCACUCUCAUUGCAGAAUAAAAGGAAGGGGUCUUCAAACCAACAGCAGUCCCAAAAAAGAGGUCCAAGAAAAAGAAGAGUUCCCAGUUUACCCCCUCUAUCUGUGGACACUAUUCUCAAAACAGGACAUUGGAGCUCUCUCAAACAGGUUACGACAGUGACCCUGGAAGACCUACCAGGAUGUAGCCUGUCCACACUGUCUGAGUGUAACAAACUGCAGACUUUGACCCUCAGACGCUGCGGACUCACUUCUUUGGAUGGACUGAAUCAGUGUGCUCAGAUCAGAUAUAUUGAUGUACAAGAGAACUCAAUUACCUAUGUGGAUUGUGGAGGUCUGGCCAACCUUCAGGUCCUCCUCCUGGGCAGGAACCAACUGAUGAACAUCCAUGGUCUUGAUGGAGCUGAAAACCUGCAAACUCUUCAGCUCUCACACAACAACAUCUCUCGCAUAAGUGGUUUAGGACCCCUGAAAAUGCUUUUGCGAUUAUCAGUGGACCAUAACCAGCUGCUCAGCACGAGAGGAUUGAGCGAAAUUUAUACCCUUCUCCAUCUGGACUGUUCCUACAACCACCUAAGCCACGUUGAGGGUUUGGAGAAUUGUGCUCUGCUUAACACACUGAACCUCAGAGGAAACAGUCUGACUGAGCUGCCUGUCCUGCAGAACCAUGUUCUUCUGAGGGACCUGUACUUGGAUGACAAUCUUCUAUCUUCUCUUGAUGAUCUGGAAUCCUAUUGGCUGCCUUUGCUCCAAAACCUUUCCGUGGCCCAUAACAGUGUAACUCAUUUAAUUCCACUCUUGGACCUGGUGUCUCUGAGGAUGCUGGAUUCCAGUCACAACUGUCUGUCAGAUUUGCAGAACACUUGUCUGAAUCUUCAGGAAUGCAGCAGUCUUCAAGAGCUUAACCUGACUGGUAACCCACUACAGCAGGAAAGCAACUGGAGGUUCUUGCUUUUGGAGACAGUGCCUGGCUUGAUUAAGUUGAAUAAUGAGCAGACUGCCGCUGCCGCAGUGUCUCGUAGAUGUCCAGAACAGCGGUGGAGUUUCCAGGCCCUCUGUCAAGCACAGCAAGAGCAACGAGAUUCACUUCUCCAGCAGCAAAAGAUGGAGAUUAGUUCUGCACCUUCGCAACAUGACGCCCAGCUUCUUGCCAUUGGCCACCAAGCAGACCUGUUCAGAUUGGCGGUGGACCAGCGUUAUGCCCAUGAAUAUGGCGACAGCUGUGUCACAGAGGAUUCAACACUGGUGGCAGCUGCUAACAGUAGUUCAUGCAGUUAUUUUGAAGCAUCUUUAUCACACGGACAAAAUACAGAGAUGCAUCUCCGGGAUUCAGCAGAUUGUCAGAAACAGUUUGAGCUACAAUCUGCUGACUGCGUGCAGACACAAAGUGAGAAGGAACCUGUUCAGGCACUGAACCUUAUAAUAGCUGCAGCUGUGGCGAUCCAGCGAUGCUGGCGAAGGAGAUGCGUAUUGCAGAGACGUGAGGGCCUCCCAAGCUUAAUUGAAAAAACUAACACAAAAUCACAUCUUUGUAAGUUGGAAGAUACCUGCAUUGGCGGGCCUGAGAUGGAACGUGCUGCUGUUGUUAUUCAGGCUGUAUGGAGGGGCUGCGUUCUGCGGAAAAAACUGGCCCGUGCUCUAGCUGCUGCUCAGAUCACAGAAAGCGAUGAGGACUUAGAAGAGGUGGACAUGGACGAAUUCAUUUUUGAUGAGAAAGUGCUGGAGAAAGACUGGAUAAGCCUGGAUUCCAAAGCCUUACCGGCCAGGAUGAUGCCAUUUUCGGAACAGCUGCCGUUGCCAAAGCCUCCACUCCCUCUUCCGAUUCAAGGGUCUCCAAAGACUCUAUGUGUUUUUCCACUGCAGCCGAAACAUGCCUGGUCAGAUAAUGAAGCCUGUUCGGAGCAAAGCUUGACGCCUCACCAUAGUAGCAGAUCAAGCCCCAAAACCAGAACCCUGCCUGAAGAAUCAGAAAAAAUUCUUAAAGAAUGGGGGAUCACUAAUGAGUCUACUGCUCUUCUCAUGCUGAAGAGAUCCAACAAAAUGAAAGGCAAGAAACAGAAGCAGAACAGGUUAUUUGACCCAAAUCCACGUCUGGCCCUGUUCAGAAGCCACAGUAACCAGUAUGUUUCCAAAGAAACUCAAAGGAUAACAUGUCCAACUUUCAAGGACAACUUAAAAGUUCACGGAGCAGUGAAUGAAGUUCACAAAUUACCAAAAGCAGAGGAAAAACUAUCUCACAACGAGAGAACGUACCAGUGGCUCCACACACAAGCAGUUCAUCCCGAUACAAACUCUGCAGGCACGGGGCGGGAUCAAUUCCUCCCUGAUAUUGGCCAGGAUAUUCUUAAUGGUGGGAGGGUGCAGCUUGUGGCCAUAGGGGAGAGAGACAGUGGAGGUUCAGGAGCAAGAUUUUGGACUGAUUCCGCUAGUGUCUCUCCACCUCUUAAAAAGCACACCCAGCCUCGAAGAUACUCAGCUGAAAACACACAAACAGAAGUGUCGUCACCCCUAAGAGUCAAUUCAGCGCCGACCCGAAAUGAGCGCAUUUCGUUCCGGGACAAACCGGUGCGACGCAGCGGAGGCUGGGGUGGAGGAAAGAAGAGAGCCAAAUUGAACAAGUAAAAAGAUAACUACAUCAGCUUGUGUUUGUUGCACUGAGAUAAUAUUGAUUUAGUUUGUUCUUUUGUUUUCGGCCCUUCAUAUUUGCGGCUGUGUAUAUAUUCAGCGUGAUGGAUGUCUUGUUGAUGUAAGCCCUUAACAAGACUUACAAUGCUCAUUUGAUCUCUGCUGAAAUUCCUUGCAGCUGCUGUUUUUACUAAAAUCCAGCUUCCUCUCCUGCAAAUGAAUUAGAAGCAAUGGAUGAGAUAUAGCCUAAAUAUCUGCAGGCAGUCACAGGAUAUGUAUUGCUUUCAAGUAUCACUCCAUUUAACAUGAGCACUGCGAGCCAUGGACUGGGUGGAAACCAUUUACAAAUGACAUGCUUAAUAUGCAGACAAUGACAGGCAAUAGAAACCAGCUCGUUCCUGUUUUAAUUUACCUUUUUUUUCUUUCUUUAUACUGGGAAUUUGUUGUUUUUUAAAGCUCAAAAUAAGACAGUGCGCAUUUAAUGAAAGUAAUAUAUCUGAGAUCACUGUCAAUAAACUAUUUGCUUUAUACACAGAUCUGCCUCAAACACUUAUAUUGUAAUAUCUCAAAAAACGCAUCUAUGGCAAACAAGUCCAAUAAUAAGUAAAAAAGAAAUGCAUGAAUCAGAGUUAAAAGUGUUUUCUUUAGUGUUAGUGUUUGAUAAGAGUAUCUUGUUUGUGUAUUUUAAAUUUGGAUAUCUAAAAGCUGAGUGUUCAAAACGGGUUGGAAAACUUUCUGGCACCAGCUUAAGGCUC